UUGACAAAUUUUCUGUCAAACAUUACUGAAGGGCUGCUUUAGUUGACAUUAGGCUCAUGAAGUCUCAGCACCCAUCUCACAAGUGACAAUUCACCACAGGGCUCCAGCGUGGUUGCCAGGACAGAGGUUCAGCAGACUGCAGCCCCGGAUCUCAAAGGAUCUGCCUGCCUUUGGUGGGUUACAGGCACUCUUCAAGGCAUUGCCUUCUUUCCUCAGGGUGACCUGGACUGUCAGUCCUCCCAGCUGUGCUCUCUGCCCACCACCAUGCGGGUGACAAGUGUGAUCCGCUCCGUGCUGCUGCUCCUCACCCUGCUGGGCACUUGGUUCAUCAUGCAGACGUACUUCCAGCACAGCUGGAAAGCCAUCAGCCUGCGGAGCUGGCUCGGUGCCACGAAGAAGCCCAGCAGUCAGAAGCUGCCCCGGUACAAGUGUGGGAACCAGAAGAGCUGCCCCCAGAAUUAUUUUGCCUUCAAGAUCAUCAGUGGUGCUGCAAAUGUGGUGGGACCCUCGAUCUGCUUUGAAGACUUGGUCCUCAUGAGCAGCGUAAAAAACAACAUUGGCAGAGGCCUGAACAUUGCACUGGUGAAUGGAACAACUGGGAAGCUCCUAAAAACUGAUGCCUUCGACAUGUACUCUGGAGAUGUUGCCAAGCUGCAGACCUUCCUCCAAGGGAUCAAGCGUGGCACCCUCGUGCUGAUAGCAAGCUACGACGAUGCUGCCACAAAGAUGAACGACAAAGUACGGGCGUAUUUCAGGGAGCUGGGCAGCAGCCACGUGGACAAGCUGGGCUUCCGGGACAACUGGGUCUUCCUGGGAGCAAAAGGGCUGAUGAACAAGAGCCCCUUUGAAAAGCACAUUAAAAAUGAUAAAGAGACAAAUAAAUACGAGGGCUGGCCUGAGCUGUUGGAGAUGGAGGGCUGUGCCCCCAGGAAGAUGGACUAGCAUCAAACUCCAGCCUGCCAUGGAGGGCAGCCUCACCAGUCCCACAGGGACACCAGCCCCAUCGUGGGGACUGCAGCCUCUCCACUGCCAGGUCACCAAGUCCAGCAGCUGCUGCCUGCUCACAGGAACUGGGUGUUUCACAGCAGGAACUGUGCAGGGCUUGGAGAAGAGCUGUACAAGUGCCUGCAGAGUGAGCAGACACGUGGCCAGGCUGCAGCCAAGACAUCCUCAUCUGCGGGUCAAUUUUGGGUAUUUUAUUUUUCUAUCUUUUA